AUGAAAUGUUCGGCUUUGGAUAAGUACCUCGACGUUUGCGAUGCCAAGCCUUUGAAGGCGAUUAUAAGUACGUUCAUGAUGGCCUGCUCUGGAAUCACCGCCUCGGGGUUGGCAUUCUUCGCCUUGGGAGUUGCAUUCACCCUCGCCUCGCCCUCUCUGGUAGCCUCAACCCUGGAAGAAAGACAAAUCGAUGGUCGACCCCCGGAGUGGGAGUAUAGAGGAUGCUAUAGAGACUCGCCGUCCUUCCGUACUCUCCAAGGCGCAUACAUGUCUAGCGAUAACAUGACGCGGGAUAUGUGCAAGGCGUUCUGCGAUAUUGAAGGAUAUGCGCUGGGUGGGACGGAAUUUGGCAGAGAAUGCUUCUGUGAUCACACAUAUCGCUUCGAAUUCAGCGAGAGCGAGCCAUGCACGAUGCCCUGCGCGGGCAACCCUCAAGAGACGUGUGGUGACAUCAACCGUCUCGACAUAUACCGCAAUAUCAACGCCUUCAUCCCGAACGUGAAGAAUGUUGUUGAUGGAUGGAGCUAUAAGGGAUGUUAUCUGGACCCUGUGAACCCGCGAGCGCUCUCGUUCACUGCCCACCCUGAGAUUGGUGGGGGUAUGAGCAUCGAGAAGUGCAUCGCAACUUGCAAAGCCCAUGGAUAUGCUAUUGCCGGUGUAGAAUUUAGGAGCGAGUGCUAUUGCGGGAACGAGCUUGCUGACGAUGUAACGCAUCAAGUUGGCGAAGAGAGGUGCUGGCUACGGUGCACCGGAGAUCCUAGAGAGUAUUGUGGAGGAGCCGGGGCGCUUGGAGUAUACUCUUUAUAG